GCCAGUCGGGCGCGUCGGCAUGUAAUCGCGGUAUACCGAUGCUUUUAUAUAAAUGGCGACCUUUACGCGGCUUUAAUUAUGAUUCAUUGUGUGGAUCGUAAGAUCGGGGACCGGUCUCAUUCUCUGCGAAAGUCCUCGGUGGUGCGCGUUGUUUUACCUCGGCGCGAAUGCCGACGUGUUGCGCUUUAUUCCCGAGUGCGUUCAAGGAAAGUCGUACCACCUGAUCGGUGCCGGAUUUCACACGCACGAUAUGAAUAUAUAUUAAAUGUGCACACUUAUGAUGGAAAAUAAUUAAAAACAAAAGAGAAGCCUAUUAAAAAGCAUCAUCAUGAUAAAAGACGGUCAGAAAGAAUAUCCGAAAAAUCCACGACAAAGUGCAAAUGUAGUUUCUCUCCUCACCUUUUGGUGGACCCGAAAGAUCUUUCGAGUUGGCUACAAGAAAGAGUUGGAAGAGACCGAUCUUUAUGCCACCCUUACGCAGGAUGAGGCUAGCCGCUUGGGAGAACUCGUAGGUAAAGCUUGGGAAGCAGAAGUGAAAUCGUGCGCGAAGAAGAAGAGAGAUGGCCCGAAAUUAAUGAGAGUAUUGGCGCGCUGCUUUGGCAAACAGCUUCUGCUGAUCGCGCUGGCAGAAGCGUUUAUGGAAUUAUUCUCCAGGAUGUGUCAACCGUUGUUACUCGCUACUUUGCUACGAUAUUUCGAGAAGAACAAAGAAGAGUGGAACGACGAAGUUUAUUACUGCGGAGCCGGUAUAAUUGUACUGUCUAUCGUCGACGCUUUCAUCACACAUUACACUGUACAUUGCAGCCUGCAUAUAGGAUUAAAAGUCAAAAUCGCUUGUACCUCAUUAGUUUACCGAAAAAUAUUAAGACUCUCCAAUUCCGUGCUGGAUAAUGAAACGUCCGUCGGACAGAUGGUGAAUUUCCUGAGUAGCGAUAUCAGUAGGAUGGAAAUGUCUCUGAUAGAUCCGCCGUAUAUUUUUAUCUCUCCCAUCCAAAUGGCAAUGAUUAUAUAUUUCAUAUUUCCCGUGGUUGGAUGGGCGGGAGUGAUGGGAAUGGGAGUACUUUUGGUAUUUAUUCCUUUUCAAGUGUUCUUAGCGAAAAAGAUUGCACCUUUGACGAUUAAAACGGCAGAGAGGUCGGACAGUAGGCUCAGGCUGAUGAAUCAAGUAAUCGCUGGGUUGCAAGUGAUAAAAAUGUACGUUUGGGAAGUUCCCUUUGCCAAUCUCGUGGAAAAGGCGAGAAAACGCGAAAUGAAGGUAGUAAAGAUGUUCUCCAUUCUGAAACAGUUAGCUCUCACUCUUGACUGUUAUGUACCAAGACUCUGCCUCUUCGUCACGAUAUUGUCAUAUGUUCUGUUCGGGAACUUUAUCACUGCCGAGAAAGUGUAUCUGGUAACGGCGUAUUUCAACGUCCUACGAAACUCAAUGAUCUUUGGAUUUGCAAUGGGUCUCCAUCAGCUGGUACAGAUGAUCGUGUGCUGUCGUCGUUUGCAAAACUUCAUGACGCACGACGAGAUGGUGAAAACGGCGGGCGAGCCAUACCAAAAAGCCGAAAGUCCAUUCGCGCUCCGUAUGAGCAAUGUCAAUGCCAAGUGGCAGGGCGACGCCAAAGAGGACACGUUGCGCAAUGUGAGCUUAACCGUUCCUCCGGCGAGCCUCGUGGUCAUUGUCGGCACGGUGGGUUCGGGCAAGAGCAGCCUUUUGCACGCGAUAUUACGAGAACUGCCACUGGCGAGUGGUAGUAUCGAGAGUCACGGCAGGGUAAACUACGUCAGCCAACAGCCGUGGAUCUUCUCUUCCUCCGUCAGGCAGAACAUCCUGUUCGGUCAGGCGAUGGAUAAGUGGCGUUACGACCGGGUGAUCAAGAUUUGCCAGAUGGAAUCGGAUAUAAGCUCGUUCAGCCAUAGCGACCGCACUAUCGUGGGCGAGAGAGGGAUAAACCUUAGCGGCGGUCAACGCGCCAGGAUCAACUUGGCCCGGGCGAUCUACAAGGACGCUGAUAUCUACUUGCUGGACGAUCCACUCUCUGCCGUGGAUGCCCAUGUCAGCAGACGUAUCGUCGAUGAGUGCAUCUGCGGCUACCUGAAGGGGAAAACGAGGAUCCUGGUGACGCAUCAGUUGCAAUAUCUACCGAUGGCCGAUCAGAUCAUCGUGAUGAAUAACGGCGGUAUCGAGCAGAUGGGCACUUUCAGCGAACUGCAAGCCAUGGGCCUCGAUUUCAUGGAGCUACUGAAGACGGUAGACGCGGAGGAGAUUCAGACGAGGAAAACCGAGGUGGCGCAGAAUUUGACGCGCGAGAAGAGCGUCGUCGGGAGCGACGACGCGGUCAAUUCAUCGGACGAAACGCGCGAAGCGAUGGCGAAAGGUCGCAUAUCUGGCAAAGUGUUCUUCGCUUACUUCAAAGCGAGCAAGCGGCCCUUCAUGAUCACGUUGAUGAUGCUGAUCUUCCUGCUGAAUCAGAUCAUAUCCGGCGGUAGCGAUUACUUCGUCGCGUUCUGGGUGAACGUAGAAUCAAACUCGUGGUAUGAGACCGACAAUCGUACGAUGGAGUUUCUCUGGCAGGGUCCGUUGUCGCGUGACGCCAUACUCUACGCUUACAGCGCGAUGAUCGCGACCAUGGUACUGCUGUGGCAAUUCCAAACAUUCGUGUAUUUCGGCGUGUGCAUGUGGUCCUCGGUGAAUCUGCAUGCCGAUAUGUUUCGCAGUAUACUGCGAGCCACCAUGUACUUUUACAACACUAACCCGGCUGGCCGCAUAUUAAACAGGUUUGCCAGGGACGUCAAUAUCGUCGACCUGAUGCUGUCAAUGUGCAUAUUCGACAUCAUAGUGAUCGGACUCACAUUAAUCUCCGUAGUGGUGAUGGUCAUAGCGAUCACUCCAUGGCUGGCUAUACCCACUGUGAUUUGCAUCUGCAUUUUCAUCUAUCUCCGAGCGAUAUAUAUUCGUACCAGUCGUGCUGUUAAACGCUUGGAAGGGAUAACACGCUCGCCGAUUUUCGAUCAUCUCGGAGCGUCUCUGCAAGGCUUGACCACGAUCAGAGCGUUCAACGCCGAGAAGAUGCUAGUGGCGGAUUUGUCCAGACAUCAAGACCUCAACUCAUCCGCCUGCUUCCUCUUCAUGUCCACUUCUCGAGCCUUCGGCUUUUAUAUCGAUAUAAUUUGCCAGCUUUACAUCGGCGUGGUGAUCAUAGCCUUCACCGCGUUCGAUAGCUUAGCCGUGGUGGGCAACAUCGGCCUGAUCCUCACACAAAUCAUGUCACUGACGAACACGUUGCAAUGGGGAAUCCGACAAACGGCCGAGCUGGAGAGCCAGCUGACCUCGAUCGAGAGGAUUCUCGAGUACAGCCACUUGGAGGAGGAGCCGAUGAUAGACAGCACGCCGGAGACCAAGCCGCCGGACGACUGGCCGACGAAAGGCUUCGUGGAGUUCAAAGACGUAAGGCUCAAGUACAGCCGUGAGGGCAAUUACGUCCUGCGGAAUGUCACUUUCGCCGUGUCGGCCAAGGAGAAGAUCGGUAUCGUCGGCAGAACCGGUGCGGGCAAGUCCUCCUUGAUCAACGCUCUCUUCCGUUUGGCCUGUGUCGAAGGAGAGAUCCUCAUAGACAGUAUCUCGACCGGCGCGAUCGCCCUGCACGACUUCCGCUCGAAGAUCAGUAUCAUUCCCCAGGAACCGUUCCUCUUCACCGGCAGUCUGCGACGUAACCUCGAUCCCUUCGACCGGUAUUCCGACGCGAUCCUGUGGCAGGCGCUCGAGGACGUCGAGCUGAAGGACACGAUCUCCGACUUGGCCGCCGGCCUGGACACCAAAGUCUCCGACGAGGGUUCGAACUUCAGCGUCGGCCAGAGGCAGCUGUUGUGCCUCGCGCGCGCAAUUAUCAAGAACAAUCGGAUCAUGGUACUCGACGAGGCGACCGCCAAUAUCGAUCCCUACACGGAUUCUCUUAUACAAAAGACAGUUAGGACGAAAUUUCUCAACUGUACGGUGUUCACCAUAGCUCAUCGAUUGAACACCGUCAUGGACAGCGAUAGAAUAUUCCUGAUGGACGCUGGAUGUCUCGUGGAAUUCGGUCAACCGCACGUUCUCUUACAACGGAAAGGACGUUUUUACAAUAUGGUACAACAGACUGGUACUGCAAUGGCCGAAAAUCUUAUGGAUAUAGCUGCCAAAAGUUUCUACGAGAAGGAUAAACAACGACCCAAAUAAUAAUAGCUUUUUAUUAGGUGCCAAAUUACUUCGCCCCAUCCUGAGCUUAUUGUGUAAUUUCUCAUGUACUGCGUAUGUGACUUACACUUUGUGGUAGUGAAAGUUAUUUUUAUAAAUUUUAUUUCUAUUUUAUAUCCAUUUUAUAUGGAAAAUAUCUUCAAUCUACUAGAAAAUAAUGAUAAAUAUGUUAUAUAAAAAUAUACGCUCGUCUUGAAAAUUUUACAAGUGUAAAAAUGAAUAUUUCGUCAGUCCCAUGUAGCAUAAAUGCUCAAAAGACAUCCUAGAGACGAAACAUCUCUGGAAGAAUGUUUGUAAGAUUUCCUCAGAAGAUUUAUGCUAUAAGUAUUCACAAACUCACAAAACAACAA